AUGAAAAGAAGACAAGCGCAGCCUGAGCGCAGCAGCCUGGAACGAGGUCUGGAACGAGGUCUGGAACAAGGGAAAGGAGCCACUGCCCCAGGAGUGUCGGAAGAGGAGCGCGAGGCGUACUUGCAAGGGCAGAAGUACCAGCAAUACAUGGCUAUGGGCGCGGAGUCGUGUGUUGCGAAGACAAUACUCGCCGGUGGCAUGGGUUUUGGCAUUGGUGCAUUCUUCUCCCUCAUGAGCACCUCGUUCGCGUAUGAGGACCCUCUCCUCCGACAAACAACGGGGAAUCUGUCCCGGACACAGAAGGCAUCAGAGAUCUUCAAGGACAUGGGGAAGGGAAUGUGGCGGAGUGGGAAGGGGUUUGGGAAGGUCGGUGCGCUGUUUGCGGGCAUCGAAUGCGUGAUCGAGUCGUAUCGUGCAAAAAAUGACAUGGUGAACCCUGUCGCAGCUGGCUUCGUCGCUGGUGGUGUCCUGGCGAGGAAUGCAGGUCCAAAAGCCGCAGUCGGAGGGGGCAUCGCCUUCGCGGCCUUCUCCGCAGCGAUAGACCUGUUCAUGAGACACGAAUCAUCGGAUGAGGAUUGAUGAUUGCUCUCGCACCACUCUACCUGGAUUACCUUAAUGCCUAGUCUAAUGCAUCAAUGCACGCUAAAACUCCCAGCUUUCCUGCGCUUUCCAUUGCUGGCCGUCCCGCCGUUGGCCGUUCGACUAUGAACUCUUCCAACCGAUGCAAACUCACGGGUUCGCCAGACUCGGACCUCAUCGCGGAAUGGCCUGUCUCGCUGCGACGAGUGGGACGAGUUAGAUUGACAUGUGCCUUGGACAACAUCAAAUGAAACGCCGAUAUUUGCCACCCGACUUCAACCGAGUGCUCCCUUGUUGACAGCGCUACUGACUAUGGCGUGCACGAUGGUACUUAAGCUGGACGUGAGGCC